AUGGAAGGAGUUAAACAAGGUAGGGCUUACUCGAGGUACGCGGCGGAGACCCCCACAUCGCCGCCGUUCACCGGUCCUGUCCGGAAGUGGAAAAAACAGUGGGUCCCCGUCACCGCCAAUUCCAGCAAUCGAACUCCACCUCUUCUACUCUGCCGCUGGGUCCCACUCCCCGACGACGCCCAUCCGCCGCCCGCCCGCCGCUUCCGUUACACUCCGGUUGCUGCUCUAAUAGACAGAAGCAAACAGACGGCUGUUGGUAGUGAAGAUAGCGUGAUCGUAAGAGAUCAACCAAAUGAUGAGCAGACGAUCAGAAAUGAGAGUGAUUCUGUUCUGGAAAAGCCUGCUGCUGAAGAUAUUCCUGGUGAAGAAGCUGAGGAAUGGAAUGAAGACGAUGAUGAUGCGGACUCAGAAAAAAGUGAAGGAAGCCCUUUCGCCAAGAAAAGGAAAGUGAGCCUAACUGGGGAGGCAAAUAUGCAUAUUAGGGUUCAGUGA